AUGAACCACACUUGGACAUACAACCUGAGCUUUGGUGCACCUACAGAUCCUGUUGAGCCAAGGGCUGGACUCUCACGAAAUGGGCACACAGUAGUGGCUGUUUUUCUUGGAUUUAUCUUGGUUUUCGGUUUCUUGAAUAACUUGAUUGUCCUCAUCCUCUUCUGCAAGUUUAAAACCCUCCGUAACCCAGUCAACAUGCUCCUCCUGAACAUCAGUAUCAGCGACAUGUUAGUGUGCAUCUCAGGCACCACCCUCAGUUUUGCAUCUAACAUCCAUGGCAAAUGGAUUGGAGGGGAGCAUGGUUGUAGGUGGUAUGGCUUUGUCAAUUCCUGCUUUGGCAUUGUGUCCCUGAUCUCCCUGGCUGUCCUGUCCUAUGAACGCUACAGCACUCUCACCCUGUGCAACAAGCGCAGUGCUGACUACCGGAAGGCAUUGCUGGCAGUCAGCGGUUCCUGGAUUUAUUCCCUGGUCUGGACCGUGCCACCUCUGAUCGGUUGGAGCAGUUACGGGGUAGAAGGUGCAGGUACAAGCUGUUCGGUACGCUGGUCCUCUGAGUCAGCCAAGUCCACAUCCUAUAUCAUCUGUCUCUUCAUAUUCUGCUUGGUCAUCCCUGUGAUGGUCAUGAUGUACUGCUACGGUCGCCUCCUUUACGCUGUUAAACAGGCCACAUUUAAAAGUUUCCUUAAAUACUACUACCAACACUACUACUAUGACUGCUACUAUGUCGACCCUCCUCUGACUGGUUUAAGGGUUACAUUCAAAGUAGUAGUAGAUCUCACUGAUCUGCCUGAUGGGAUUCAAGAAGUUGUGGCAAACAUGCUGAGGGAACAAAGUAUCAUAGAAAAG